AUGUGUGCAUGUUCUACUGCCGGAGCUGACUGGUGCCAGUCUGGGGAAGAAGAGGCUGUCGGGACUCAAACCUUCGAUCGAGGCGGACUGUCGUCGUCUGGACGUGAGGCCGAGGCUCGAAGCCCGCCACCGGUGCUUGGCAGUAUUUCGCGUUCGGAGUUCGACAGGCUCUGGCACACAAACGCUGCUUGGUUACGCAUCGGAGGCCACACAAACGGAGCCGGAUUGGGCGAGGCGGACGAAGAAACCUCGUCCGAGUCCAGCCCCGAGGUCUCCUCCUCCUCCCUCUUUUCUCUGAGCGCGGACGCCGCCCCGCCUUGUUUAUCGUCCGACAACUUCUGUCCCCCUCAUCUCGACGACUUGACUAAUCGUCAAGUCCACCAUUCGCCCUCGGCUUCACUCACAUUGGAGACUGGUUGUUGUCGGUCUUGGUUGCCGGGGCAACACGUGCCCGACGACUGGGCAGGCCUGGGCGACAGGGAAACAUCGGAAGCGGAAGAAGCGACGAAUCACGUUUCCAGAUGGACGGACAAUGUGGGCGGUCAGCAACUGCCGAGUCGGGCUCAUGACCAUUCGCGCGCCGGUUUCCUGCCAGUUUAUGCGGUUGCCCCAGACUCUCAACAACAACAACAACAAACGCAUUCUUGUCGAGUUGUUUACUCGACCGGCAGCCCACGACCCAAUUCAGAGACUGUACUCGAGGCAGGCUUGGCGGUCUACGGCGAUUUGUCCGGUCGGCAACAGGCACGACGUAUUUCGUUGCCAAAUCCCGGUGUUCUCGUGCUUCAGUCGAGCGGACAAGCCUUGACGACUCCACCGUCCACAGCGUCGUCAAGCUUGACACGUAAACGAAGCGACCUCCUCGUGGGACCAAUCAGCGCAUCUCGUCUGUCUCCCCUUGCACGCACCACCUCAUCCACAGCCCCAACAACCGCUCAACUAGUCACCGUGCAAAAUGGACUUUUACUUCAACCAGCCAGUCGUCAUCAACAUCAUUAUCAACACGAUGAUCAGUACCACCAGUACCACAAGCAUGACAAACAGCAACAGCAACAACAACAGCAACAGUUGAUCGAAUUGGAGCGUGUCUUGACCGAAGUCGACGAGGUGGCGGCAAGCAUCAAACAGACGCGCAACUGUCGACGUGUCCGCUGGCCGAAAGACGACAGGGGGGAGGAGGUGAAGAAGAGAGGAGAAGCAGAUGAGGUGAGACCGGCCGGGAGGAUGGCCGGUCUCUUCGGACCGCAGCGCUGGAGUCUGGCGUCGAGCAACGCGACCGCCAGUGCCGGCUGCAGCGAGCACGACGUGCCGUUGGCACGCGGUCGAGUCUACACCGAAUUGGCCGAGCGAUUUGAGCGCCAACUCGGCGAAAUACCGGCCGGUCGACGCUCGUCGUUCGAGGCCGUCUACCAUCCUCAGAUGGCGAGUGAAAACCUCGCCUAUGAACUGGCCGAACCAAUCAGGCGACCCGAACGAAUGACCUCCACCGACAGCCUCGACAUCCCCGUCGCCGUCGCCGUCGCCGUCGCCGUUGGCUCGACGAGCUCGCCCAUUCAGCGAUUGGACGCAAGGGCGGCUCGACGAUCGCCGAGUCCUUGCUCCACUCUGCGCCAAUUAGAAGCGGCCGCAGAGGCGACUCGAACCCGCCAUUUCGCCUCUCGCUCCACCCUCUCUUCACUCACCUCGCUCGGCAGCCUCGCGACCACACAGCCUCCGCUACCGGUACCGCUACCGCUGCCGCUACCGGUAGCCGUUUUGAGCCGUUCCGAGGCCGGCCUCUCGUCGAGACGAGCCUCGACGCCCACCCCUCUCGUCCAUGCGCCCCCCCUCUGUCGUCCCUUUUCGUUCGCCUCCCCCACCUCGGGCAUUUCGGUCAAUUCGGCCAAUUGGCAACAUUCCGACAAUUCGGCCGCUUCCACCAGCUCGGUCACUUCGGCGCCGUCCACCCUCAGCGGCGGCGCUGACCAUCCGCCUCGAGACACACCCGCCUCCCUCUGGCCCCAUCUACCGCCCUCCAGUCGCACGAUCGGCGUCGCCUCGUCGCCUCGUCGCCCCCCCUCCUCGCAGCAGACAGCUCCGCUCUCCAUUCUCCCAAUCCGCCCGUCCAGCGGUUCUCCAACUGAAGCAAUCAGCCUCGACGCCACCAGCAACAUCAACUCCGCCACCGCCACCGGCACCGAUUGUUGCAGUUGCAAUUGCAGUUGCAGUUGCAGUUUCGCUUGCGCUUGUGGGCGCGCUGCUUCAUCGCAGGCCGUCUCGCUCCAGCCGGGGACAGGUUGUGGGACUUGCUGUCGUCUGAUUGGUCCAGCCAGGUCGGCCAUUUGCCCGGCCUAUCGUAGUCACAGCCAAUCAGACGUCAGUAGACUGAUCGCCCUGACGGAGGCGGCAGACAGACGAGCACCGCAUGUCCGAGUGUCGACUGUCGAGACUGGUGCAGUCGUCACGGCCAGUUGGUGGGCGCAACGGCAGCAUCGAUCUCGCUUUUCGCGUAACACACGCCCGACUGGCACAGGCGUGGAGAUUGACGCCUCGUCGACCGGCAGAACACCGCCUCCGGCUCCAGUUGACCCCGUCACUGACCGGCCUCGCGCUCCCACUCGAGCCCGGCCCCACCGGCCCCACCUGCCCCACCGG